AUGUCCGAAAACGCAGCGAGACAGCUGCUAGAGGCACUGGAUCCUGACGCUCCUUGGAUGACGGAAGUUGACUUCCUCCAAGCCUUGGUAGCACACUUUUCAUUCUUUCGAGAAGAACUUCGUAAAGUCACCUUUACAGGGGUUUCGCUGCAUCGGCUCAUCGUGAACGUCGGCGUCGCCAGCCCUGCCAAGUUCCAAAUAUGGCUUCUCAACGACACCAGAUACCGCCAUUCCAUCAAUCGGCAAGAGCUAGCCAUGAUACACAAGGCGGCUUUCCUCCUGAAGCUUCGCUUCUUUCAUUUCUUGAAGCUGCGUCAGAUCUGCAAAGCAGUCGCGGAAGGCGGCAAAGGCUAUGCGGCGCACUCCGUUCCGGCUUCGGUCGAUGAAUCCCAUUAUCCGCCCGGGACGGAGGUCGUAGGAUGUUGGCUGAUGUGGAAUGUGCAGUCGAACAACGAGUUGUUGUGCGGCUUGCAGGCAGUCCCCUUCGGCCUGGUGAAGGUGUACGAGUUCUUCAUCUACGGCCGAUUUCGUGGAUUCCGCGCCUACAGAUCUAUUGCAGGGGUCGUCCUUUGCGUAACGGGCGCCGAAGCUCUCUACGCAGACAUGGGCCAUUUCGGAGCACGGCCGAUUACGACCGCCUGGUUUGUGAUGGUGUUCCCAUGCUUAAUACUGCAGUAUUUGGGACAAGCCAUCGUCUUGGCGAAGAACCCUGCGGGCGUAAACGACAACCCUCUGUACCAGACGGUACCUGACGACUCCUACCUCUGGCCGCUGUUUAUCCUAGCAGCACUGGCAGCUGUCAUCGCGUCGCAGGCGCUGAUUUCAGGCAUCUUCACCCUUAUGUCACAGGCACAUGCCCUCGGACUCGUGCCGCGACUGCUUGUCCUGCACACGAACCCUGAUGAGAAGGGGCAGGUUUACAUUCCCGAAGUCAACUGGAUUCUGAUGACCGCCUGCAUCAUCGUCACGCUCGCCUUCCGAACCUCAGACAACCUCGUCGCAGCCUACGGCAUCGCCGUCACUGGCGCGUUCAUUUUCACCACACUGCUCCUCUUUUGGGUUCUUUGGCGAGUCUGGGGUUGCAAUCUUUGCGUCGUUCUUCUGGCAGUGCUGCCGAUGAUCACCGUGGACAUCGUCUUCUGGAGCGCCAACCUCCUGAAAUUGCUUGAUUCCGGCUGGUUGCCGAUGGCAGUGGCAGGCACCAUCUUCUUCUUGAUGCAUACGCACGAAUGGGGCCGCCAAUGUGAGAUGGCGCAGCAGGUUCAGGAGGAGGAGGACGAGCUGUCGAAGAUGUGCUCGCAGCAGAGGCUCGGCCUCGGCGUUUGUACCUUGCAAGGCUUGAAAAAUGUUCUGCGGCAAGGGCAGCUCCUGCGGACGAAGAGCACUGCCGUUUUCCUGACACCCAGAGCAGGACGGGUGCCGGUGGGCCUUUCCACCAUUGCAACCAAGCUCGGGGCUUUGCCAGCAACGAUCGUGUUGCUGCACAUCGAAUACAGUGACGAGCCUUUCGUGCUGGAAACAGAGCGGGUCGUUUUCUCGGCGGAGGAUCAAUCUCUAGGCUUAUGGUGCGCCACCUUCCGCUUCGGAUACGCGGAGCCGUUGACUCCGGCCCGCUUCGACCUGCAUAGCAAGCUUGCAGCCGGGGAACUGGCAAUGCAACUGCUGGACUACGGGACUCCGCGUCGACUGGCCACACCCAGCUUGACGUACGAGGGGAACCUGGAGCUACCAGAGGGGAGCGACGGGGCGGACAACUUCACCUACGUCGUAAAUCGCAAGCUGCUGGUGCCCCAUGACCACAGCGGCUUAUGCACUCGUCUGCGUGUGACCGUGUACUCCCUGCUGAAGAAGAACAGCCGCUCUCCGAUGUCUACUUUUGGUUUAGAGGGCCAGUCCGUCCUUGAGGUUGCGUCCGUUCGCAAGAUCUGA